ACUCGUAUGGAGAAUGAUGGUUUUAUUUGGAUUUGGUAUAUGAAGCAGCUUGUGAAUUAAUAUGCUUUGUGUCUGAUUUUAUGAAGACAUUCAUGACACGCCAAAAUUUUAAUCUGGAUUCCUUUUCAGAAGAUGAAACAAAGAAACCGAGCCGUUAAGCAAGCUUACUGAAGAGUUGGAGCUCUCCAUUAUUCAGUGGGACGAAAAGAUAAGUACAGGGUUGCCUAAUAUUGCAAGCAUAGUGUCCAUCCUUGAUGUCAUACAGAUCGAAAUCAGAAUGUAAUCCAUUUUAUUCAAUGUAUAUGUAUCACAAGAAAAUACAAUGAAGGCACCUUUAGCUGAAACCAGUUGUCUUUCAGCACAAAAUGUAGUCAUUCUCGCUGCUUAUAAAAAGGAGCCUCCCGAUCCUUUUAUUUUAUAAAAACUUGAGCUAGAAUAAGGCCUUGAUAAUUUUUAAAGCUAUAAGAAGGGGAAAAAGAUGAGUUCAAUCCACGCACAAGCUAUUGACUUUAAAGGAUUGCCUGCUGACAAGUCUAAAACCGGCGGUUGGAUACCUGCAGGCUUGAUUUUAGGAAUUGAGUUAUGUGAGAGGCUUUCUACGAUGGGUAUAGCAGUGAACCUUGUGACUUACUUGGCUGGACAAAUGCACCUGUCUACUUCAGCAUCAGCCAAUAUUGUCACUGAUUUUAUGGGCACUUCAUUUCUCUUGUGUUUUCUAGGAGGUUUCCUUGCAGAUUCCUUCCUUGGUAGAUUCAGAACUGUUGCUAUCUCUGCCGUUAUUCAGACCAUAGGAACUGCCUUAUUAGCUCUGUCAACGAGACUGCCAAGCUUGCAUCCACCACCUUGUGACACCACCAAUUCAGACAAAUGCGAGCCUGCUAAUAACUUCCAAAUGGGAAUUCUGUAUCUCUCGCUUUACCUCAUUGCACUUGGGACAGGUGGCUUGAAGUCAAGUGUUUCAGGAUUUGGAGCUGAUCAAUUUGAUGAGAAUGACGAGAAAGAAAAGGCUAACUUGGCCUACUUCUUUAAUAGGUUCUUCUUCUUUAUUACAACAGGAACUUUAGUGGCAGUUACAGUGCUUGUCUAUAUUCAAGAGGAAGUUAGUCGAACCCUGGCUUAUGGCAUUUGCUCAGUAUCAAUGUUUAUUGCCAUCUUUGCAUUCUUUUUGGGAACCAAGCGAUACAGAUAUCAGAGAAGUCAUGGAAGUCCCAUUUCUCAUAUUCUGCAAGUUAUUGUAGCUGCCACCAGGAAAAGGAAAAUGAAUCUUCCUUACAAUACAGGAUUGCUCUAUGAAACUUUUUCUGAUACUUCAAGAAUACAUCACACUGAUCAAUUCAGAUUCUUGGAUAAAGCUGCAAUCAUUGGCGAAGGAGAUCAUGUGAAAGGUGGUAUCUCGGAUUGCAAUCCCUGGACAACCUGUUCAGUUACUAGAGUGGAGGAGGUGAAGGCAGUGAUUAGACUACUGCCUAUUUGGGCAACAACAAUCUUAUUUUGGACUACAUAUGCACAGAUACUCACCUUCUCAGUCGAACAAGCAUCCACUAUGAAGAGAUCAAUUGGCAGUUUUCAAAUACCCGCUGCCUCACUAACUGUAUUCUUUGUUUUAGCUGUGUUAGUCACUCUGGCUGUUUAUGAUCGCGUAGUCAUACCUCUGUGGAAGAAAUGGAGAGGAAAAGCUGGUCUCACCAACCUGCAAAGAAUUUCUCUCGGUCUACUUCUAUCUGUGAUAGGAAUGGCAGCUGCAACAAUGUCUGAACUGAAACGUCAAUCAGUGGCCAGAGCUAACCCUGGAACAUCAGUUCUUCCAGUCAGUGUUUUCUUUCUGAUUCCACAGUUCUUGUUGAUAGGUGCUGGAGAAGCUUUCACAUACACCGGACAGUUGGAUUUCUUCAUAACUGAGUCACCUAAAGGGAUGAAAGGGUUGAGCACGGGCCUUUUUCUUGUUACCAUCUCACUGGGAUUCUUUGUUAGCAGUUUUUUGGUUUUUAUCAUUCAGAAAAUCACUACAAGCUUUGGUUCAGGUCAAGGAUGGAUAGGCGACAACAUUAAUAAGGGGAGACUUGAUUGCUUUUAUGGACUUCUGUGUAUGUUAAGCUUUAUAAAUUUUGGAUUGUUCAUUGUUGCUGCUAACUGGUACACCGCACAGAAAUCCGAGCCUAUUCUGCAGAAAAUUUCACCAGCAGAAGAGUGUUGAACACUUGAAAAUUAAUCAGGAUCUGUUUUGCCUUGCAACUGUACAAAGCUUAAGGACUAAGGAUAGAUUGUUCUUUUCAUUUCUCUCCUUUUCCCCCUUUCUGUUAUAGAGUUAAUGAAAUAGAUUUUUGUAUUAAAAUAUGGAAUGUGCUUCAAGGAAUGUGUACUGAGAUUAAGGUAUCAUCUAUGGUGUAAAGAAUUUAAAAUACGUACUUACCAUGAAAUUUGCCUCCGUCUCUUCUACAA